UCUGGCCCUUAGACUUUUUUCCUCUGUGUAUAGGCCAGCACAGAGGUGCCAAGGCAGCCGUGGAAGCAGAUCCCUGUACAAGCAGCUGUGGGGGUCUUGCGAUGUUGGUCAUCUGGUGGUUAUGGCCUCUGCUGGCCGUCUGCGCUUCUGACCCAUUCCAGCUCAAGGCAAAAGAAAUCAUGAAGACCACACCGGUCAUUGAUGGGCACAACGACUUGCCUUGGCAACUGCUAACGUUGUUCAACAACAAGCUGAAUGACUCCAAGGCCAACUUGACCACACUGAUGGAAACACACACCAACAUCCCCAAACUGCAGGAUGGCUUUGUGGGGGGCCAGUUCUGGUCUGCAUACAUGCCUUGUGAUACCCAAAACAAAGAUGCUGUGAGAAGGAUAUUGGAACAGAUAGACGUCAUACACCGCAUGUGCCAACUAUAUCCUGAGACCUUCUUGUGUGUCACCAAUAGUUCAGGUAUCCGACAGGCUUUCAGUGAGGGGAAAGUGGCCAGUCUAAUUGGUGUGGAAGGUGGCCACUUAAUUGACAGCAGCCUGGGUGUCCUGCGGACACUCUACCAUCUAGGCAUGCGGUACUUGACACUCACCCACAACUGCAACACACCCUGGGCCGACAACUGGAUGGUGGACACAGGAGAUGACAAGGCUGAGAGCCAAGGACUAUCAGUCUUUGGGAAGAGAGUGCUGAAGGAGAUGAACCGUCUGGGUGUCAUGAUUGACUUGUCCCAUGUGUCUGUGGCCACCAUGAAGGAUGCUUUGCAAUAUUCCAAGGCCCCAGUCAUCUUCAGUCACUCCUCGGCCUACAACAUCUGUCCUAGCAAGCGGAAUGUACCUGAUGAUGUACUCCAGCUGGUGAACAAAACAAGGAGUCUGGUGAUGGUAAACUUCUACAGUAAAUUUGUGUCCUGUUCAAAAGAUGCCACCCUGUCCCAAGUGGCUGACCACCUGGACCACAUCAAGAAAGUGGCAGGAGCUGGGGCUGUGGGCCUUGGAGGAGACUACGAUGGUGUUACAGAGCUCCCCAAGGGACUGGAGGAUGUUUCCAAGUACCCAGAUCUCAUAGCGGAGCUUCUCAGGAGGAACUGGACAGACACAGAGGUCAGAGGUGUACUAGCUGACAACCUUCUGCGGGUCUUCUUUGAUGUUGAGCAGGCAAGCAAUAGCAUGGAAAUUCCUGAGGAAGAGCCUAUCCCCCUGGGUGAGCUGGAGGGCUCCUGCAGGACACACUAUGGCUACUCACAAGCUCCCAGCAUCCACCUCCAGAUGGGGGCCCUGCUGGCCUCUCUGACUCCCUUGCUCUUCAGUCUGCAUCUUCUGUGAUAUCCUAAGGAUUAGUGUUCUCAGAGCUCAGGGAAGUCCGGACAAGCCAAGAGCCCAUGUUGUCCAUGUAAAAACACAACCUUUCCAAAUAAGCAAUGGGCUUAUCUAGGGACAGUUCAAGACACACGCAUACAAUAAAUGAA